AUGGGGCGUGGCUAGGGGUUCGCUUCUUUUGGGCUUGAUUCGAAGAACGAGGACUCUGACGCAGUCGACCUGGAAGUGGAUUUUCGCUUUGUCUAAAUAUACUUCAGCAUUUUCUACAGUUUCUAUUUGUGCCUUAAAACACGUUAGCGAAAAACAGUACGAUGUUGAGGCUGAGGUUCCGGGUGCUGCGCAGCCUGCCCUCCAUGCUCUGCAGAUCCAUCUCUUCAGGGCCUGGCAGCUCCCCAGCUGGAGGUCAGGCUCCUGACAUGGCAGAAGGACAUUCUCACUUGCUUGUAAAUGACGUGCGGAACAGACUAAGAGAAAUCGUGGGCGUUUCUACAAACUGGAGUGACCACCGUCAGGCUAUGAAGGACAGAACUUCUCUGAGUUCUCUUCUCGCUAAGUGUCAAGAGGACCUCCCGCCGCGGAGAAUGAAGGACAGCUACAUUGAGAUCCACCUGCCGCUGGGGAGCCAGCACGGGCUGCGCGAGAAGUACCUCAAUGUUCACAACAGUGUGAGGUUUGGCAGAAUCCUUGAGGACCUUGAUAGUUUAGGAGUUCUUAUCUGCUAUUCGCACACCAAGGAUCCCUCUCUUCAGAGAUCCCCCCUGUCUAUUGUCACCGCUCUGGUGGAUAAAAUCGAUAUGAGGAAAAACAUUAUCUACCCAGACUGCGACAUUAAGUUUACUGGACACGUCUCCUGGGUUGGCAAGACGUCUAUGGAAGCCAAGAUGCACAUGCUUCAGUACCAUGACGGCGCCUAUAGUCCUGUAUUGGAUGCGACAUUCGUAAUGGUUGCCCGGGAUCCAGAGAACAAGAGGGCUGCCUUCGUUAAUCCCCUGAUACCAGAGGGCCCAGAGGAGGAGGCCCUGUUUAAGCAGGGAGAAGUAAAUAAAACAAGACGGUCAGAGAUUAAAACAGCGUCUUUACUGAAAAUGGCCCCGACUGCGGAAGAAAGAAAGAUUGUGCACAGCAUGUUCCUCAACACGCUGGAUUCCACGACCGUGAGCUUCCGUAGUCGCGUUUUGCCUCCAAACUCGGUGUGGAUGGAAGAUGCCAAGCUUAAAGGUCUUGAGAUCUGUCACCCCCAGGAACGCAACAUUUUUAAUCGAAUCUUUGGUGGUUUCCUAAUGAGGAAAGCCUAUGAACUGGGCUGGGCCAAUGCUUGCACCUACGGUGGCUCCAGGCCUCACCUGGUGGCUGUGGAUGACAUCAUGUUUCAGAAACCAGUUGAGAUUGGCUCCUUGCUGUUCCUGUCCUCGCAGGUCUGUUACACGAAAACCAACCACAUCCAGGUCAGAGUGCACACCGAAGUGUUUGACAGCCAGUCCGGGAAGCACAACACUACCAAUAUCUUCCACUUUACAUUCUGUUCUGAGAAGGAGGUUCCACAGAUUGUACCCAAAAGUUAUGGAGAGUCCAUGUUGUACCUGGAUGGAAAGAGACACUUUGACAUCACCUUCAAUGGAACGCCUGCUGUCUGAGUGAAGUAAAGACUAGACCGCGUAGCUGGCGUGAGAGCUCCUGCCACGUCAUGAUCCUCUUUGCAUGCAGUGAGCACGUGGAAGUGGAAUGCUGUACAUGACACUUGAACAGUGUAUUUCUGCAGCGAGGGACCGCCUCUUGAGUGCCCUGGUAGCUCCAGCACAGCACUGCUGUAUCUUUACAAAAGUUGCUGCUAGAAAUGUCAGCCUCUUUUGAAACUAUUUUAUAUUGCUGGAAUAUAAUCAAUUAUAUAAUUGUUUUGUUUUAUUUAUAUAUAUACACACACAGAAACAUACAGGAUUCAGUUCAAACAUUCUUUAUAGAGUCAUUCUUGAAUGGUGGUGCAGGAUUUUUUUUUUUUUUUUUUUUUUUUUUUUUGUGCAGCAAGGUAAAAGUUAAACCGUUUUGUGUUAAACUAUACUGAGAGCUCCUGUCUCGAGGGGUUGGUUCUUUGGUUGUUUAUAAAGACACGAGGAACACAAACAUGUAUAUACAGUACUCUAGGGAGAAGAAUAUCUGGACAGGGGUUACAAUAAUGGGUAGGGCAGGUUUUACAGAAAACCAGUAUUUGAAUUGUGGUCUGGAUAUGUGUGUACAUAAAGUGGGUAAAAGGCAGACCAGCAGUUAUCAGAAAUAAACCAUGUGGGCAUGGGCAAGCUGUUCUGGGGUAUGGAAACUGACUCUUGUAAAGCUGAUCAUAAAAAAAACUAUUUAAUAACUGCAGUCAUUGGUUAAAUGUCAUUCAAGUACAGUGAGAUUUGUUUUACUGGUUUAAAACAGCAGCCCUAAAUCUAAUGCUUUCAACAGGUUUAUAAUCCUUAUUGCCAAUUCCAGUACUGUAAUCUGUAUUAUUAAUCCCAGUAAAUGCGGUCUACAGCUUCACAGACCCAUUACAGCCUACAAGCAUCGCUUUAAUGCAUUCAACAAACGCAAACAUUCAGAUGGUAGUAGCAAAACCAUUCUUUAUUGAGAACUUGAGUAACUGAAAUGCAAGAACCCACUGAAAAUAAAGUAAUUUGAGGGGGAAAACAAA